AUGUACAUCACCCUCUACUACAUAGUAACCCGACUCCCUGACUCUCUUCGGGUAGUCAGGGACCACUUCCUCUGUGUUUGCCCCACCACUUUCACUGUUGACCUCCUCGAGAAGGCCUUCCUAGCGAUAGAGAAGACCAUAGUCGCUGUAGGAGCCUCUGGUGGUGACCCUUGCACCCCCGUCUUUGAGGGUCAGUCGGCGCUGCGUCUUCCCCGAGCGGGAGACGCUGCACCGGCAAGGGCAAGGGGGGCAAGGGCACUGGAGGGGGUGGAGGGGGCGGUGGAGGUGGUGGUGGAGGCGGUGGAGGGAGUGGGGGUGGUGGUGGGAGUGGUGGCGGGGGUGGCGGUGGCGGCGGCAGCAGUGCAGGCGGCGGAGGCGGUGGAGGUGGCGGAGGGAGCGGAGGCGGCGGAGGUAGUGGAGGAGGCAGAGGUGGAGGAGGCGGCGGAGGCGGAGGAGGCGGCGGCGGCGGAGGCGGCGGUGGUGGAGUGA